AUGCCUUCUCAAAAUUCUCGUCUAAAUUUCCAAGCCGAUGAACUAAAAUUCAGACAGAUUAUUGUGUUGAAUGACCGUGCUCAGAUCAACAAAUUCGUUACAUGCACUCUCAAACCAGGAUUUAAUGAAUUGGUUUUGAAGAAUCUGCCAAGUUGCUUAAUUCAUGAUUCAUUGAGAGUUGAAGGAAAGGGCAACGCUAAGAUUCAUGAUUUUAAUUUCAAAAAUGAAUUAGUUCUGGAUGAAGAAAGCGAGUUGGAGCAUAUGGAGAAAAUUGCGGAGCUCAAAAAUGUGAUGAAACAAAAUGCAUCGAAAUUAAAUGAACUAGAGGAUCGAAAAGGUAUUUUGAAAAGACGAUUGAAGUCUAUGAAUCUAAUAGUUGCACAAAUUGGACCUGGAAUCAUGAAAACCCAAGAGAGAGAACAAACCAUUGAAGUGAAUGAAGUAACAUUUUCGAACAUUGACAAGUUUUUCGAUGCUUAUAAUCAGAAAGCCGUUGCUCUCACAGACGAAAGGAGAGCUAUUGAUAUUGAUAUCGCUAAAACGAAAUUAACCAUACAAGAAGCUAGAAUUGAGAAAAACGGUCAUAUAAACUGCAAAAAUAGCAAUCGACUUGAAAAAAAUGUAUAUAUCACUCUUGAAGCAGAUGCUGAAACUCUCAUCGAACUCGAUUUGAUCUACUAUGUUCACAGUGCCAGCUGGACACCUUCUUAUGAUAUCAGAGUAGAUAUAAAGAACUCGAAAAUGAACUUGAGCUAUUUUGGUAAAAUCAGCCAGCAUACUGGAGAAGAUUGGGUUGAUGCUCCACUUGUUUUAUCUACUGCUAAACCAUCAGUCAAAGGGAAAAUCCCAGAUUUGGGACUACUUGACGUACGAUUAUUUGAAAAACGCAGGUGUGUUCAGAAUAUAUCGCAUCGAACUGCCUCUGGAGUAUUCGACCCGUUUUGGACAGAUUAUAGACCUUGCGCAGCGGCACCACCACAAGAAUUGGGAGUUGGAGAAGAUAGUAGAAGUUUAGAUGUUGUGGUUGCUUCAGAAGUAACACAAUCUGCAUUAAGCACAGAAUUCAAAAUUUUGCGAGAAGCAACUAUUCCAAACUCCACUGAUGAGCACAAAGUUACAAUUGGAAUUGUAAACCUUAAUCCACAACUUGUUCAUCAAACAGUUCCAUCAAAGAAUUCAUCUGCAUUCCUAACAGCUUCUGCAAUCAACACAUCAGAUCUUGCAUUCCUCGCUGGUCAAGCUUCAAUCUACCUCGAUAAUGCUUUCAUUGCCAAAACAUAUCUCAAAGAUGUUUCACCAGGAGAAAGAUUUGAUUGUUCGCUUGGAGUUGAUACUGGAAUUCGAAUCGAAUAUAAACCAGCAAAGAAAUAUCAUCAACAAGCUGGUUUUAUCAAUAAACAAUCAACAAAUGUCACCGAACAAACAAUUGUUAUCAAAAAUACACGAGCAAAUGCACCAAUUUUGAUCACUAUGAAACAUCAUAUUCCAAGAAGUGUUGAUGAAAAAAUCAAAGUCAAUUUGAUUACACCAACAGCUACACCAUUCAAUGCGGGCGAAGAAUCGAAUAAUGAAGUUGUUUUGCCUUCAGAAGGUGCAAAACUGAACUCAUUGAAUAAUUUGGAAUGGACUGUCAAAGUCGCACAAAACAGUUCGCAAACUUUAUUGAUCAAAUAUACAAUUGAUCAUCCAAAAGAUGAAAAAAUCGAGUUCCAGGAGAAAUUUUAA